UACUCUUUUGUUCUUGAUUCACGAAGCGACCAGAAUCAGCAUGUCCUCCAUCAGCAAGCAGCUGUCUUCUAUCAGCUGUGCCGGCAAGAGGCCUUCUUCCUCCUCGGCUGAGAUCCGAUUGGUUUUGCUCGGGGAGACUGGCAGCGGGAAAAGCUCCACCGCCAACUCCAUCCUGGGUCGUAAGGUCUUCGACUCAAAGGUUAGCAGCUCCUCCGUCACCCGACGUUGCUGCGCUGUCUCUGGAGAGUUUCGUGGGCGACACCUGAAGAUCCUGGACACUCCGGGUCUUCUGGACACCAAUCAGACCCCACAGGAGGUGCAGAAGGAGUUGAGGAGGAGCGUUAGCCUCCUGUACCCCGGCCCCCACGUGUUCCUUCUCGUUAUCCAGAUUGGGAGGUUCACUCAGGGGGCGAAUGAGGCGUUGCGGCAGAUAAAACAGGCGAUAGGUUUCCAUGCUUUGAAUUUCUCUGUGGUGGUUUUUACCCACGGAGACCUUCUGGAAGAGAGGACCUCCGUUAGGCAUUGUCUCAUAGACAUGUCCAAGGAUCUAGCCGAGCUGGUGGGCGGAUGUGGGGGCAGGUACUGUGUCUUCAACAACCAGAGUUACAAGAAGGACCAGGUGUCAGAGCUGCUUGUCUUGGUGGACAACAUGAUGCAGGGUAAUGGAGGAACGUGCUACGGCAGCAAGAUGCUCCAGAAAGCAGAGGAGGAUCUGGCUCGGGAGCUGCAGGAGGAGAGGCGGCUGCUGAUUGAGAAGGAGGAGCUGCUGACAAACAAGCAGGCGGCGGCCAUAAGAGAGUUUUAUGAAAAAGAGCUAGAGAUGGUUGAGCAAAAAAACAAGAGGGAGAUGGAAGAGAUGGAGAAAAAACAGGAGCUGGAGCAGCAGAAGGGGGAGAAAAUGGCAAAAGAUCUGCAGGAGGCCUUUAGACGAGUGGUGGAGGACUAUGACAAGAAGGAGAAGGAGGGGAGGAUACAGGAGAUGGUGAGAGUGAUGGAGAUACGCAGAGAGGAGGAGGAGAAGAGGGCCUCUCUUCAGGAAGCGCUCGACAAAGUCACUAAAAAACUUGAGGAGCAGGAAGAACAGGUGCAGAGAAUGAGGAGAGCAAUGGAGGAGAAGAUCCAAAAGGACGAAAAGAAGGAGCGGGAGAGGGAACUUCUGCAAAUACAGAAAGAGCAGGCCAUCAGGCACAGGGAGGAGACGAGGAGAGACGCUCUGGAGAAAGAGCUGGAUGAAGUCACCCAGUGCUUGGAGGAGCAGAGCAGGAGGGAGGGGGACAGGAAAAAGCAAAUGGAGGAAUUGCUCCGACAUGAGAGAGAGGAGCGCAAAAGAGAAAAGGAGAUUCAGCUGGAGAAUCACCGAGCGGAGAAUGGGAGAGCCGUGGCCCUCAAGCGCGAGCUGAAACUGGCCAGGGCGGAGGUUGCGCAACGCAAAGUGAGUGAGGAAAACCUCAAGAGACAGCUGGAGGAGAUCCUGCGGAGGGAGAGGAAGGACAAGGAGAUGCAUACUCUGAAGAAGCAGUUGUGCAACCAGACGACCCAUAAGAAGUCUGCGCAAAGACACGGCACAAUGACGACCGUAGCUGGAUAUGCGCAAGAAAUGGGACUGGUGGGGCUGAACGCAGCUUUAGAGAGUGUCAAAGCCCCCUGCUGCAUACAGUAACACGGACAUACUGCGGAUGAUUCGUCAUUUUAAAGCACAAAUAAACUCACUGUUGCUGUGAU